AUGGAAGUAACAACGAAGUACAUAACAAUCAAGAAUCACAUAGAUGGAACGCCACAAGAGUCAGAUUUUCAUGUUAAAACUGCUGUUCUUUCCCUAGCAGUUGAGCCUGGAUCCAAUAAUGUUAUUGUCAAAGUACUGUAUUUAUCGGUCGAUCCGUAUCAGAUAAACCGAAUGAAGAGACACAGCUCCACGCAGAGAGCUGUAGAUUUUGCAGUUGGCAUAACUCCUGGUGAGGAGGAUUUGGUUGCUGGGGUAGUUACAUGGGGAGAGCAUAGCAUCAUCAGAGGGGGUAAUAUGCUGCGUAAGCUGGAUCCCAUGGGCUUUCCAUUGUCCUACAAUCUUGGAGUUCUAGGACCCAGUGGACUUACAGCCUAUUGUGGGUUCUUCCAAGUUUGUAAACCAAAGAAGGGUGAGAAAGUGUUUGUAUCUGCUGCUUCUGGAUCAGUUGGUUAUUUGGUUGGACAGUUUGCUAAGCUUCUUGGAUGCUAUGUUGUUGGCAGUGCUGGAAGCAAUGAAAAGGUAGAGUUGUUGAAAGAGAAGCUUGGUUUCGAUGAUGCAUUCAACUACAAAGAAGAAACGGAUCUCAAGUCAGCACUCAAAAGAUACUGCCCUGAUGGAAUUGAUAUGUACUUUGACAAUGUGGGAGCUGAAAUGCAAGAAGCAGCAGUAGCUAACAUGAACACAUUCGGCAGAGUUGCUGUUUGUGGGGUAAUCUCCGAGUAUACAGACAGUGGGAGACGAGCUGCACCCCAUAUGCUCGACGUUGUGUGCAAGAGAAUCACAAUUCAAGGCUUCUUAACUGCUGAUUACCUAAACAUAUACCCAGAGUUCAUUUCAACAAUGGCUAAUUACUUGCACGAUGGUAAAAUUAAGGUUCUUGAAGACAUUUCAUACGGGGUGGAGAAUGUCCCCUCGGCUUUUAUAGGACUAUUUCGCGGCUAUAACAUUGGGAAGAAGAUUGUUGAAAUCGCAGAUAACUGA